AUGUCGGUCAACCAGGAAACCCUCACCCUCGAGGAGACCAACAAGGUCCGCAUCAGCCUCGGCCUCAAGCCCAUCGGCGCCGAUGACGAUGCCGCCGGCGGCGAGGUCGAGCCGACGCAGGACGAGAUUGCCGAGGCCAACUUUGCCCAACGGCGCGCGGACGAGCGGGCGGCAAAGAAGGAGAAGGAGACGAGGGAGCAGAUUGAACGCCUCAAGAACCAGCGCGCAUUGAACAAAAAGCUCCAGGGGUCCACCCUCGGCGACACGUCCAAAGACGACAAGCUCUCAGCGUCCAGCUGGAUCAAGGCGCAGAAGAAGCGCGCGUCCCGGCAUGAAAAGGACCAGGCGGCGAGGCGUCUGCGCGAGAUGGAGGAGGCCGACCGGGUGGCGUACGACGAGGACGACCUCGUGGGCAUCAAGGUUGCGCACGACGCCGACGCGUUCGAGGAGGGCCAGGACGUCAUCCUCACGCUCAAGGACAGCCGGAUCCUCGAGGGCGACGAGGACGAGCUGCAGAACGUCAACAUUGCCGACCUCGAGGCCGACGCCGCCGUCAAGGAGCGCAAGCGCAAGGCGGCGCAGGCGUACACCGGCUACGACGACGAAGAGUUUGAGGAGGGAAGAAUAGGACAGAAGGCCGACGUGCUGUCAAAGUACGACGAGGACUACUCUUCAAGUGGCAAGAUGAAGUCGGAGGGGUUUCGCCUCGGCGCGCCAGUCGAGAAGAAGGCCAAGAAGGAGGAGACCGAGGACAUCGAGAUGUUCGGCGCGGCGCCCCAGUCCAAGGUCAAGCUCGACCUCAACUUUGCUCGCGACUUUGACGUCUCAGAUUACAUGAAGGAGGGCGACAAGGGCUUCAAGGUGAAGAAGAGGCGGGUGAAGAAGUCGUCGUCGAGGCGGGCCGAGGCGGACGACGGGGACGAGAUGGACGUCGACUUUGUGCCAACAUUCACAAAGCGCGCUGUUGGCGACGGGCCCGACAACCUGGUCGACGACGACGACCUCCAGGCCGCGUUGGCGAGGUCACGACGUGAAGCGGCCAAGAAGAAGCCAAAAGUCAAGGCCGAGGACCUGGCAGCGCGCAUUGCUGAGCAGAAGAAAGAGGACGCGGCAGCCGAGGCCGCGCAGGCCAACGGCAACGACGGUGACGACGACGGACGGAUCACCUUCGACGACACGUCCGAGUUUGUGCGCAGCGUGACCGCCAAGUCGCUCGCCGCACCCGUCAAGCAAGAGCGAACACGGACGUCAUCCCCUGCUGGCCCGUCGGCAGCUGCCGAGCAGCCUGUCGUCGUCAAGAUCGAGCGCGUCGAGGAUGGCGACGAGCCAAUGUCGGACGACGACGACGAGGAUGAGGACGACGCGCUCGCUGAGAUUGCCGCGCGCGAGGGCCUCUCGCUCGAGGAGUACCGUCUGCGCAUCGACGCGCAGAUGCGCGAGCUCGACGAGGUCAAGGCGGAGAAUGCGGCCGAGGAGGAGCCCGAGGCGCCGGUCGGCAACGGCGUCGCGAACAUCCUGACCAUGCUGCGCAACCAGGGCUCGCUGGCCAAGAAGAGCGAGCAGGACGAGGCGCGCGAGCGCCAGCAAAAGCAGCACGACCUCUGGCUGGCCGACCACCGGCGGCGGCAGGCGCAGAAGGAGAUGGAGCGCAUCGCUGCGCGCGGCGGGAACCGCGACCAGGCGCAGCGCGAGUACGACAACCGGAUGCGCGAGCAGCAGGAGGCGCGGACGGCGCUCGACGCGUUCAAAAACUACAAGCCCGACAUCAAGAUUGCGUACCACGACGAGUUUGGCCGCGAAAUGAGCGCAAAGGAGGCAUGGAAGAGCCUCUCGCACAAGUUCCACGGCAAGACUUCGGGCCGCAUGAAGACGGAGAAGCGACUGCGCAAGAUGGAGGAGGAGCGCAAGGCGCAGAGCAUGUCGGCGAGCGACACGCCACUCGGCAUGACCAAUGCGUUUUCUCGUCGUCAGCAGAAGACGGGCGAGGCACACAUGGUCCUCUCGGUGGGCAACAAGCAGUCGGUGCAGAUGGACGCCAAGGCAAAGCGCCGCUAG